GCUUCGUAAUACACAAGAUUUCGUCGCAUAACAAAAUUACAAUUAACUAAUAUAAAAUAAAAUGGAUUAUUUCCAUCCAUUUAACGUAAACGCAAUGGACGAUUUUUGCGAUAACCCAAAAAAGAAAAGGGGGGAAAAUGUGAAACAAAGAACUCAAGCGAACGCGCGAGAAAGAGAUAGAACGCAUAGUGUAAACUCGGCUUUUACCACCUUAAGACACUUAAUCCCAACCGAACCGAAAGACCGGAAGUUGAGUAAAAUAGAAACGCUAAGAUUGGCAUCAAGUUACAUCGCGCAUUUGGGGACGCAGCUGGUUGCAGGAGGGAUUGAACAACCUUGCCUAAGAUUGCAACAACUAAGCGACGCGACCCAAUCGCCUAAUAACCACCGACAAGUUUGCACCUUUUGCAUAGCCCACAAUAAAAAAGGAUCAAGGAAAAAAGUUUUAGAAGAAAAAGAAGAUUUAUACAAAUCGAAUCAACAAGGGGGAUAUUUUUAUGAAGCGGAAUGCUUUAACGAUCAAAAUUUCGAAGUAAACGAAGCUUAUUUUUAAUUCUAAAACAUAAUUUUAGUUUUAACCCGAUUUUGUUGUUGUAAAUUAAUAAAAAAUUAA